AUGGAGGCGUUGAUCACCGCGCAAGCUGAAUUGAGUGGGCGCAUUGCUCGCACCCAUGAUAAUCUCCGUAAGGUUGGAGCCGCUAGACUUACGAAGUCUUUGAUGCAGACGACGCUUAGCCUUCUCGACAAGAAGUGGGAGGAGUUCGAGGACCAGUACGACCAACUGCGUAAUCGGUACCAUGCCGAGCUCCAGGCUCACGAUUACUCCAGAUCGAAUGUCCUCGGGCAGGUGGAGGAUACCUACUUGCAGCAGCGAGCUCUGCUGCUCGAUAUGCUGCAGUCGCAGGCGCCGAAGAAGUCGGAAUCGGACGUCGCUCCGAGCUUGUCCGAGAGUCAGAACUCUCGCUCAUCGUUGCCGCGGAUACAAAUGCCACAAUUCUCUGACAAGUAUCCGGACUGGCCAGCGUUCAGAGAUCUGUUUCACUCCGUGGUAGUGUCGAAUGGAGCUGUGAGUGAUGUCGAGAAGCUGCAUUAUCUCAAAACGUGCGUGAGAGGUGAUGCGGAGCAGCUGAUUAAGAAUCUGGCUAUCACGAGUGACAACUUCAAUCGAGCAUGGGCUGUGCUGACUCGUCAUUACGAGAAUACUCGCGUGCUUGUGUCUGCGUUCUUCAACUCAUUCCUCGCCAUUCCGAAGAUGAAGUCCGACUCCGUUGCAGACUUGCGGAGAAUUUUUCACGGGAUGUUGAGCACCGUUGGUUCGUUGGAGGGAGUCAGACGGCCGAUCUGCAGCUGUGCACCGACCUCUUGA